CGCACAAAGAUCAGACGCCAAUGUCGUUGCCGCGGGCUGCGUUUGCGAGGGCGUAGCGGGCUUCAAUCAUGGCCACGGGUGCGCGAUCAGCGGCGGCAAAGGAAGCAGUCCGGGUGGUCAGAGCGCUGGCCACCGAACGCCCGGCAGGCCUUCGGUCCCCGAGCUCUUCUGCUUCUUGCUCGACGCUCCCACAAGCCGGCGGGCGACAAUCUCGACGCCGACUGACGACCAGCAGAUGCCGGCAGCUACCCUUACUGAGCUACGCUUCGCCCCUCCCGUCGCUUGCGCACGCGCACGCGCACGCGCAAGCAGAGGCAAACGUCGCUGGGCCCUCGAGCUGGAUGUCCCGGUCGACCUCUUCUUCGACGGCCACGGCCACGGCCACCGCGCGGCAGUUGUUUCGCCAGCUGCGCGGCAACGUCGGACCAAGGGCUGCGAUUGAGAAUUUUGCGCGCCUCGCCGAUCUCGUCUCCCUUCACGACCGGCUGAGAUGCUUUAAGCUCCUUUGCCGCGUCGUCCUCGUCGACAACUACGCUCCGCACCUGGCACGAUCCCUCACCGACAUCUUUCUUGGGCGCAUCGCACCGGUGGUACCGGCAGACGACAGGGCCGAGCUCAACACGGCUGCCGUGGUCCUCGCCAGGUGCCUGGCGGCAACACUCGACGACCGCUGUCGACGUUGCGCAAUUCGGCUCGCUGAUUGGGCACUGGAAAGCAUGUCGGAUAACGACGCAAAGCUGAUCCUCUUGAUCUUUUGGAACCUCGAUCCUCAGCCUACGUCGUUAGCGGACUCGCCCUAUGCAAUGCGGGAGGACGAUCUUUUCAAAAGCGAAAAGGAUGCCUUUUUAACGGUACAGAUGGCCUUGCAAUGGAUCCCUCGCUUCGAAGACCGCUGCAGCUUGGGCGCCACAUCGCCCGAUGCAGUAUUCGAAGCUGCACUGGAAAGGGCGAUUUCUGCCGCUUCACGAGAGAGCAACACCGAGGCUGGCUCCUUCUGGAUGGCCAAACUCAACAGGCGCUUGCAGCUUCAGCGACGACUCGAGAGAUCCCAGUCGUAUUUCACCGUCGACUACCUCGCGCUGAUGGCGAGUCGAUUCAAGCUGAGACGGGUGUGGACCAUUCUUCAGGCCAAGAUCAACGAGAUGGAAGAGCAGGCACCCUCCGAAGAAGGGCGAAAGGCCCUCAGGAAUGCGUGGUGCGCAACGAUCAAAGCGACUGCAGGUGCGAGAAACGUGUCACCUCAUCAUCUUCUCCCACUCCUCGGCUUGUCCGUGCACCCCGUGUCAGGGCAAAAGCCCAGCGUGGGAGCCGAGGCAAAUGACGGGCACGUGCUAGCCAGCAAGAGAGAGUUGCGAGCUUCGAGUGCAGAGACAGACGGUGAAGAAGACCGAACGAGUGAUCUCUUUGGCGCCAGCAACGACGCAGGCGAGGAAGCGGACCAGGUUGAGGACGGCCUUCCGCUGGCGCCCCCGGCUUGGUUGUCCGACGAGCCAAGGUUCUAUCAUGCCGUGAUGCAGGGCCUUCUCCUCCGCCGCCCCACGCCUCGACACGACCUCGUGCCCGUCGUCUUUGCCGAUAUGAUCAAGAGGGGCGUAGCGCCCAAUGUCUUCACCGUCGCAACACUUUGCGCGAGCCUACUAAAGCUCGGCCAGGUCCGCGACGCCCUCGCUGAGCUCAACAGAUGGAUUCAUGGGCCCAUUCACAAUCAUCGCAAAGAGCUCGACGACGGCGACACGGGAACCGAGACGACAAAGGUGAAAGCAGAUCAAGUCCUGCUGAGCUCCGUGAUGAAAGGCCUCAUGUUCUCGGCGCAUCACCAGGCCGCCUACCGCGUCUUUAUCGACUCCUUUGCGACGUUCAACGUGCACCCCAACCAUUUUGCCUAUUCAAAUCUGCUGCACUCUGCCGUCAGUGCGAUGAAGAACGCGUCGAUGGGAUUGACACCAUCAAUUAGGGUGUUUCUUGCGAGGAAUAAAUUGCCCCUUGCCCGAGCUGGACCCUACGAACUCGAGGCCGAGGCGCUGUGGGACGGCGUACCGGCAAGCCUACGCGCGAGAGACCUCUUCCUCCAGGAGCUUUUUGCGCAAUACCCUGAGCUCGAGUCGAUUGAAAACCCGCUGGACAGCAUGCUGUCGACAUCUGCCUCUCGCAGGGCAUCUAGCGAUGACGCGCCCUUUUCCUCGCUGCCGUCGAUGAUCGCAAAGGUCGAGCUAGGCAUCAAGAGGUUCGAGACACGCUUCCAGGAGCGCUUUAGCAGCCUCUUUUUCACCGCCGCUGCCAGUCCUUCUGGCCAUGCAGCAGAUAGAGAGGGCGUAGUGCGUGCGUCAACGAGGCUAGGCGCCAGUGUCUCAAUGGAGAGAAAGGACCUGGCGAAGCUGGGACCCAUGCUCUUUGACCAGUACCUGACCCUGCUCCGGUUCAUUUCUGUCAAUGCUGCGCUUCCGUCGUCGUCUGCGAGCAGGACGCUAGCCUUUGGAGCCGAGGUGCCGUGGGAUGAACCGUUUCGUGUGCUGGCGUGGAUGAGGCAUCUCGACCUCGAACCGCUUGACACCACCCUCUAUCAGGCCUGCCUCGUCCUCCACGAGGGCAUCUCGCCCAUCUGGGAUGCUGCCAUGUCCCAGGUCAACAAGCGCAACAACCGCCUUCGCUACGGACAAGACGAACAGGAUGAUGGAGGAGGAAUAGGUGGACAAGAGGCAGCAGACGACGACGACGAGGGCGGUGAUGCAAGCGCCGCUGGACCGUUGCAUGCAUGGCUGGCUGAUUGGGUGGGCGAGCAGAGGGUCCCGAAAGAACGCGAAGUUGGAAACUAUCUUCGAGCUCAGCUCAUCAGGAGGAGCAUGAGCUUCCGACCACAUAGCGCCUAGACUUCAGCCGACUAUCUUCACUUAUCUGUGUAUACUGCCUCCUCUGCCCGGGCCCAUGACAUAGGAGGCCGCU